AUGGCGCAGCCCAAGUUUACGUUGGUGGUUCUGUGGCUGAUGUGUGUCCCCGGUUUCUGCUGGGAUUCUGGAGAUUUGGAGCUGUUUGAUCUUAUCGAGGAAAUCAACGAAAAUUUUUAUCAAGUGUUUGGCAUCGAUCAGUCAGCUUCAAGUUCUGAUGUUCGUAAAGCCUACAGACGGUUGUCACUUCAAUAUCAUCCCGACAAAAAUGAUGCUGAUAAUGCAGAAGAACAGUUUCGACAGAUUGUGGCUGUUUAUGAGGUGCUUAAAGAUGAGAAGAAGAGAGAAAGAUACAAUCAGGUUUUGGUUGAGGGCCUGCCAGACUGGCGCCAGCCGGUGUAUUACUACAGACGAGCACGGAAGAUGGGAAUAUUUGAACUGGGCAUUGUCCUGUCCAUCAUCAUCACCAUUGGACAGUAUUUUGUGGCCUGGGCUGUUUACGUUGAAAAACGUCUCGUUUUGGAAGAAGUUGUCAACUCAAAGAAAAAGAAGAAAAAGAAAAAACAGACAGCAUUGGACGAUGCAGUAAAUGAUGACGACGAAUUGAAUUCCAUACCCACCCCACAUCUGCUAGAUUUAUGGCCAUUUCGGCUGUCUGCAUUUAUAUUUUUUACAG